AAUGUUAUGUCAUUUUUAAAUUACGGCUUCGUUUUUUUUUGUAUUGUUGUUUUGCAUUUUUGUGUUGAUCUAGUUUUUAAAAAUCACCUAAUAAUUAAUUGUUUUUACUUUGCUAAUAAAAUUGAUUUUAAUUAUAUCAUGUGUCUCAUACUAGUUUAUUUAUCAUUGUUUAUUGUUUUAUGCUGAAAACUUACGUUAUAAGCAUUCUUCAUGAAGAAAGUUCGGUUUCUUGCCUGUGAAACCGUCGAUAUGAACGAUUCAGAGUGUCACUCCCCUCGCCCUUUUCUCGAAAAGCGAGUAAACAUUGAAGAUAUAGGUCUCUGUUACGAUUACCCCAAACCUGUAGCAUUUUCGCUUGAUCCAGUGCAUAGAUUUGAAACCAGUAACUGUUCUCCUUAUCCUUUGGUGGAUCGAACUAAUUUAGAUGAUUCAAUUAGUACAGGGCCUAGCUGGAGCCCUUCGAGUGAAUUGGAGCUGAGUAUGUUGGAUGCAGGAUAUCAUGAGCCAAGGAAGCCCCCGCUGAAUCUAAAAUUAUUUGAGCCUCAUUUACCUUUUAAUUCAAACAAUGAUGAUGACAAAGAUAAUGUUCCACCUCAACAACACAACAAACACACACCAUCCACACAUUCCAUUGUUUUGGGGUCUAUUGAAAAUGCAAGUAAAGAGAAUCUUCCGAAUAAGAUGAAUGGGGACAAUAGCUUUUUUAUUACCAAGGGAAAGUUAAAUAAGUUACAAAUGCAAAGUUUCACUAAUUUACAUAGACAGUUCAAUAGAUUAACUUUAGAAAAGGAAAAUAAUCCUGCAAGUAAAAAGUUAGACAUUCUGAAAAUCGGGCAACAAGAUUCAACUUCAAGCACAAUGGAGAGCAAAAGGCCAGUUAUCUUUAAUUCCUCUAGCAAAAGUAACCUAACUCACUGUAGUUGUCAUCACUGUACAAGAAAUGUUGGAGUUUGUGAUGUGCCUAUUGACAAAGGACAUUUAGAAAAUAAUGUACCUGCUUCAAACCUUCUAUGCCAGUGUAUGAGGGUACUACCACCCAGCUGCAACUGUGGUCAAUGUGCAUGUCGGACAUCUCAACAAACACAUCCUCCUUGUCACACUUCAAAUACAUAUUGUGAACCUAAACCACAGAAUACAGUAGAUAAAAAAUCAUGGGCUAUAGAAAAGUAUGAGCAGAUCCAGAACACUGACUGUAAUGAGGUACAGAAACCGACUAGUGUCAAAGAAAAGAGAGAGCCUACAGUAGCAGAUCUGUUUAAAAUAAUCAAGCUGCAAAAUGAACAACUACAGUUACUUCAAGAGAAAGUUGAUAAGGUUAUUUCUUCUGGUAACAAUAGGCCUACAAACCUUCCUAUUCAGAGUUACACCACAGAACAUGUCUCAGUAGAGACUAUGAACAGUGAGCAGCAUAAGAUAUCAAUCGGAGUUAUGACCAGUUUUGAAAUGGUGAGGACUUCAACAGUUAUAAAUAAGGAGGUGGUGCAACAAAAGGAAAAUUCUCAAAUACAGUGUAACAGAUCCCAGCUUAGUAUCAAAGAAGUAGUGUCAAAAUCACCAAUUAACAUGAACUUUUUGGAUGGUAUUGCACCUGUGGGAAAGAAUAUACAAGGAAAUGGGAAUAGUAAAAUAAUGACUGGCAAUAAUGAGGAGAAAACAUUUAACGAGUUUAGCCUGUACAAUGUUCAGGUGGAUAAUGCUACCACACCACUCAUGUCUCCUGAGCAGACUUUGUAUCUAGAUGUUAGGGAUUACAGUGAUUCUGAUAAUGGCAGUGAUGACCAAUCCAAUGUUGGGUGGACUUAUUAUAAUAAAGUAAUGACACAUGUGAAUGGCAUGUUGCAAGACUCUGACAUGCCUUCGUCAGCUAGUGCUUUGUAUCGAAACACACGUCAACAUUGUCUUCAGAUGCAAAUCGACAAAACUAAUGUUAGUGUGACUAAAAGGGUAAAAUUUGGUGAUGAUCCACUUGGGAUCCACCAGCCGCACAUCUACGCGGGUUCGACCGACACCAGUAUGAAGAUGAACCAGCUCGCGGCCAAGUACCUACAGCGUGCGCCGGCGCCGCCGCAGUUUCAGGCGCCCGCCAAGUCUACUCCUUUUGACAUGUCCUUUGCUACAAGAAAUUAUAUGGAGAGGCACAAGUUAUUGCAAGGUGGUCCUGUUUUCCCGAAAGAGCCCACACCAGUCGACAUACCAAGAUUUUUAGAUAUAACUGCUUUGAAACAACAACCUAAGUUGUUGUAAAUAUUUUUUUGACUAGUACAUUUGUAUACAUUAUGUAAGUAUAUUUUUAGAAAUAAAAUGUAGACAUAUUGAACAGACA